GUUAUCAUUUUUCGGUGCAUAGUACAAUACUACGAGUAUACAUAAUUGUUGAUUGCACCUACAAUUUGUACAUGCCAACGUGUGCGCGAUAUUAUUCAUAUCAUUAAGUUUUUCCUGUCCCGACACUGCUUGACCACAACACCUUGAGCAAUUUUUUUGGAAAUUGCCGACACUAUUCCAGUUAUCGAAUAGCCAGUUAUGGCAAACAGGAAUGAUGCAUGGAUUUUAUGUUUUACAGCAUUAAUUACAAUGUCUUCCCAGGUAAAGAUCGACAAAACACUGCAGCAAGGGCAAUCUGGACCGGAUGUGCUUGACGCUGUCAUCAGUCGAAUAUCGCGAGUUUUCUCAGACGAUAAAAACUAUCUUCGCCGCACUGCAUGCAUGUUGGCACACCACCGCGGGAAUCAACAAUUCAACAAGGGAAACAUAUGGCAGAUUUCGGGCAAGCUACUUGAAGUUACUAAAGGCGCUCAUGCAUCUCCUAUUCUGCAAAAUGUAUACCUUCAAACUUCCAACAAUGAGGAGUCUUUAGGGCCGGAAGUUUCACCAAUCGACUGGAGAAGCGUAACUGUGGAAAACCUCAAUCUGCCACUUUACUCCGGUCUUGCGGCUCGCAUACUGCUAGAACUAGAAUUAUCCGGCGAACAGUAUUACCUUUACGAUUCGUACGACAAACAAGCCUUGUACUGGAAGAAAUUUUACAACAUCCACCUUUUGCCAGAAGAAAUAAAGCAUCUAGCGAUUAAUUGCGGUGAACCAAACUGCACCAGUCGGUUGAAUUUAUGCAUAGUUAUGGACAGAUCAGGAAGUAUUAAUCAAAACGAUUAUGACCAUUCUCGUCUAUUUGUUCGUGAUUUGAUUAAUGUACUCACAAUCGGACACGUAAGUGCGGCAGAUACAUUAAAACAGCCUGUGGACGGAGGAUUUCAAAAAGGCCGUCAUGGAUCCCCUGAAAACACUGAAUCCCAAGCGAGAAGGCAUAACAUGCACGGGAAAUGCCAUCAUGCACUGUGUGGACGCUUUUCAGGCGUACAACUUUCUUCAGUCAUCUACCGGCGUUCCAAAUUACAACCUGGUGCUGACCGAUGGCCACUCCAGUGGUGGCAAACUCUGCCCAGUCCACCUGACCACGGCGAUCGGCGCAGCGCAAAAAGCCAAUAUAACCAACUUAGUUAUCGGAGUUGGACCAGAUGUCAAGGAGAAAGAGCUGGAUGAUCUUGCCGGAAAACACGGAAAAGCAUUUUCCGUGCUUAAUGCCAUAGAACUUCAUAACAAAAUCGAGCAAAUAUUGCAUUCGUCAUGUAAUGCAGUGCAAAAGGCAGUGGUGGGCGAGGUUAUAACCGAUAGCAUUCUAAAAGGACAAAAACGAAUUAUUAGUUUAAUUUUUCCUGAGCCCGGUAUGGAAAUCGCAAUAAGCACCGGUAUUGGCGCCACAGAAGGCUACUGGGCGUGGGAUUUCGAAGAACCGUCUCCCGCUGUCUAUGACGGCAUUAUUUCAAACGGUGUUGGAUAUAUUCCACACAAACAGCAUCGUACGCCACGACACACUAAGGAAGACGAAAAGAGCAACUUGUCGAAAGAAUCAAGAGUUUUUAUCAGUAUUGUUGGCUUGGCCGCACAAAACACAUACACUUUUCAAGCUAGAUCUCGACGUGCACGUAUUUGGCUUUCCGUCUGUUAUUUUAGCAGUGACAGGAGCUGUACAUCGGGUACGUCAUCUCUGCAACAAUAUUUUCAAAAACAGGUUCAUCACAUUAUUUUUGUCUUUAUGACGUGGGUGGCAGCUGACAUCAUAAGAUCAAAACUGAUAGUAUGAGGUACGACUCCGCUGUGUAAAACUGAUGCAAUAUACGUAAUAUGUAAACAGCGGAUAACUGGUCGUGAUGUGAAGACGGUGUACAAAAUUUUUGAAGUGCACGGAAUUUAUUAAGAGAGAAGAAAUUUCAUAAUGAAUAAAACGAUAAUAUUCUGCCAAUCUUGCUGA